UACUCAUGGCAUCCAAAUGGUUCACUAGCAAGAGCUUUAAGCUAAGCCUCCCUCGCCAUCACCGUCGAUCUGAUACGCAUGGCCCACCUAUAUCUCGAUCCCCACCGUAUGAUAACAGUAGGGCCCACCAGCUCCGUGAAGCUUUUCGCUACUUCGACAGCAAUGGUGAUGGGAAGAUCUCGAGCGAGGAAUUGAUAUCGUUCUUUGCUGGGAUGGGGGAGAACAUCUCACAAGAUGAGGCUGAUGCAGUGAUUGGGGACCAUGAUACGGACGGUGAUCGCUUGUUGGAUUUUCAGGAUUUCGUGCAGUUGUUGGAAAGGGACAGUGGGGAUGAUGAUCUGAGGCGGGCAUUUGAGAUGUUUGAGAUAGAGAAGGGGUCUGGGUGUAUAACGCCCAAUGGAUUGCAACGGAUGUUAGAUCGUCUCGGUGAUCAUAAGACGUAUGAUGAAUGUGUGGCCAUGAUACGUGCGUUCGAUCUCGACGGCAAUGGGGUGCUUGAUUUCAAUGAGUUUCAAACUAUGAUGACUUGAUAUUCUAAUUCAAGUGUCUAAGCAUGAUUUUCUAUUGAUUUUGGCCUGUUUGGAUGGUCGGAUUGCGAUAUAUCUCUAUCUAUGAUCUUAAACAGAAAUGUGAAUAUAGGGAUGUAAUGGAAUUUGGGUUUUGAUUAGUUGGUAUAAUGAUACAUCCUG